UUCGAUUGCAUCGAGUUGUUUAUGUCGACAACUGUCAGACGUCGAUAGAGCGAAAGUCGCAGAUUACUCUUGAACGUCAACCGCACGUUGUCUAGACCGGGCUUAAUAGCCUAAAAUAUAAGCCUCAAAAUGUUACGUCAAAUGGCGCACCAAGUAGAUUCAAAAUCUCGGACGAAUGACAUAAAAAUCAGUGAAGAUGUUACGUUUUUUCAAAUGGGUCUAAGUUCAAAAGUUUUUGAUGGUUUGACAAACUCUGGCUUCCAAAGACCCUCCCCGAUUCAGCUAAAGGCAAUACCACUUGGACGUUGUGGAUUCGAUCUAAUAAUGCGAGCAAAAUCCGGAACUGGUAAGACGGCAGUGUUUGGGAUCAUUGCUCUGGAGAUGCUAGAUUUGCAGGUGAAAGGCAUACAAGUUCUGAUCCUGGCACCAACAAGAGAAAUAGCAUUACAGGUGUCUGAAGUCUUGACUACCAUUGGCUCUCAAUUAACAGGGUUGAAAGUGGAGUCUUUCAUUGGCGGAUUAUCCAUUGAAGAUGAUCGAAAACGUGUCAACCAUUGUCACAUCGCAGUUGGUGCACCUGGGAGAGUAAGACAUUUGAUGGACAAGGGGAUUUUAAAAAUCAACAGUGUUAGAUUAUUUGUUUUAGAUGAAGCUGACAAAUUAAUGGAGACCAGUUUUCAAAAAGACAUAAAUUAUAUAUUCUCAAAGCUUCCAGUGAACAAGCAAGUCAUAUCUUCAAGUGCUACUUAUCCCGGUGAUUUGGAGAAUUUUCUUGGAAAAUAUAUGCGCUCACCGGUUUUGACAUCUCCAAACAAUGAUGGGCCAGUUCUUAUUGGCCUGCGGCAAUUUGUUGUCGUAGUUAAGCAUCAUCCGAAUGCUAUGAGACAGGUCCAAAUCAAGGUAGAGGAGCUACUUAAAAUUUUCACCAAAAUACCGUUCAAGCAGAGCAUUAUAUUUUCCAAUUAUCAAUCCAGAGCACAGUCGGUGUGUAGCAAGAUAAAUGCGAUGGGUUUUUCUGCAAUAUACAUUGUGGGGAACCAGCUAAUGCAGAAACGAAUAGAAGGAUUCAAAAAAUUGAAGGAUUUUAAAUGCAGAAUAAUGGUAACAACAGAUCUAACAGCAAGAGGAAUUGACGCCGAAAAUGUGAACCUAGUCAUUAACUUAGAUGUGCCCCUAGACGGUGCAACAUACCUGCAUAGAAUUGGCAGAGCUGGAAGAUACGGAUCUCAUGGAAUUGCUGUGACUAUUGUUUCUGAAGAUGAGAUUGAAAACUUUAGGGAAUUGUUAGCUUCUGUUGGUGGAACAGAAUUUUCUAUUCUGAAACUUCCUCAGAACUACCCUGAUGAUAUUUGGAAUGAAAAUGACUGUGUUUUUGAGAGAAUUCAUGCUAAAAGUGACAAGGAUGAUAAAGAAACCGAAAUUAUUAAUGAUAGUGUCGCUAAAUCCCAACAUGGUAUUCCAUUGAUCCCAAAAAAUGUGUCUCACAUCGAAACUAGUUCUUUACCCGCAGCUAAUAUAGAAGUCACUGAGACUGGGGCUACAUCGAAUAGUCUUUGGACGAAUUCGAGAUAUACCAGGAACUCUAUCAAAUUGGAUUCUCUAUUUAAAAUUGAAGAAACUUUAGGUUUCGAUGAUCAGAAAACUAUUGACUCCCAGUUUAGGGCAAAACAGACUAUAACGGAUCUGAAAGAGGAGUCAAGUCAAGUGCACAAAUUUAAAGCAAAGGCGAGUGGCACAGAGAACCCUUCAACAAUGCAAAAAUUGAACAAAGAUAUUACGUUUCAAGUAAAUCUUUCUGGUUUGUCUGAGGAAAAUGACGAUUGCAACUUAGCACAGGAGGCUGUUGUUGAAUGCUUAAGAUCAGGACCUCGGAAAAUGUCAGAAGUAAAAGAAGUGCUAAAAACGCAAGAAGACAGAGUUCCUGAUAAAUUUAAUGCCGAAAGCAUGAUAGAGCUACUAGAAAAUGCUUUUGAACAAUUGCAAACACAGAAUAAUAUAAACAGAGAAACGGAUGUGGAAAAAACAUUAAAGCUGCAGGAUAUCCUGCGAGAUUUGAAAAACUUGCUCUCUAGCGGGAAAAGCGAGGAUUCUAUAAAUUUUGAUAAAGUUUAUUUAACACUCAAAGAGGUAAGUCGGUGGAGAGAGCGACUCGAUUUUGAAAUUGGCUGGUUGAAAGCAGCCUUGGAUAUUCCUCACGGUUGGGCAUCAAAUAAGUGGCACCGACUUGUAUAUAAAGAGCAUUACUCUGCCAUGAUGACUUUUCUAGAAAUGCAAAAGCAGGCACUUUUAUUGGUAUACCCUGAUAUUCAAACUGAAGACGACGACUGUCCUCCUGUGCCGAUAGAGAUAUUCCGAGAGGUUGAUGAGUUUGCCAAAACGCAUCGAAUAGUCAGAAAACACCUGAAUACGUAUUUUCCUUAUCCAACGUGUCUUGAGGAGACCCUACCACAACUAGUGUUUACUAACGAACAAAUCGAGAACUAUAAGAUCGCGGUGCAAUAUCUGCAGUCUGAUCCAAAUCCCGCGCAUGUUAUGAUGAAAGUUAAAUCAGCUGCAGCAUUUUUGAACAAUAGAGAAAAAUACGAUAAGGAAUUCACGCGCUUUAUUCAAGGAAAAAUCUCGUAUUCUCAGCUUAUCACUUUCCUCGAGAGUGAAAGGGUUGAAAAAACAGAUAAAAUGAAGGUCCGCGACGAAGAAAAAAAUAUAAAUGAUUCUAACUUCGCAACCGAAAACUUUAAUUCGUCUAGUAGCGACUCUCCCGAGACAGAGAUUUCCGAUGACCUUAGACCGUGCAUGGCGAAGCCCGAAAUUCCAAAUGAAAUAAUCAGCGAUACCCCCGCUGAGAAAAAAACCGAAAACCUAGCACAGGUUGAUUCGGAAUAUUCUAGCAGCGAUUCCUCAGAGGUUGAAUCGAACCAUUCUGAUAAUACAUCGAUAGCAAGUUCAAAAAGUCUGGAAGAAGAGACCGAGUUUUAUAGCUGUGCCUUGAAGGAUACGAAAUCAUCGCAGCGACGAAAAUUUGUACCGAUUCAAACAAACAAUUUUACAUACGAUGAUCAGCCCAGAGAUUUCGGAGGUAGAGGGGAUCAUAGGAUUUUCAAACCAGUUGCUAAUGAAAAUCGUAAUAAAGGGUAUUCGAAAUUGGAAUCAGGAAGAAGAUCUGACGAUAAAAUUAGUGAUAAUGUCAUGCAAGAGCUUGAUAGAUGGUUUGAGGAACUCAGAUCGCGGACAAACCAGAUUCAUAUGGAAGAAUAUUGCAGAGGAAUGUUAAAGUACAAUUAUUGAGAAUAAGUUAUCUUUUUUUUUAAUAAAUUGGGAUGUAACAAAUUUU